AUGCGCAGCAGUAGGAUCGCGACCCAUUCAUCUUUCUCCCUCUCCCUUUCAUCGUGGAUAGAGAUUCUCAUACCUUCCAAAGAAAGCGACGAGCAGAUGUCUCGUCUGCGCGCUUGCACGUCGGAGCUGAAGGCCGAGGAUCAGGUCACCGCGGAGCGGAAUACCUGCGACGCGCUCGGUCUCCUUCACCCCGACGGCCCUCGCUUCCACGCCUGGAACGUGCUCAUUCACACGCUCGUCAUGUGGUCGUCGUUCUGGGUGACCCUGGAGUUCGCCUUCAUUCCGAACCCCUCCGCGGGGAUUCUCUACUUCGACAGCGCCGUCUGUCUCAUCUUUGUCGCCAAUAUCGCCGUCACCUUCAAGGCGGCCUUCCGCUCCAGCAAGACCCUCCGCCUCGUCACGUCUAGGAAAGCGAUCGCGACGCGAUACGCAAAAGGCGGUCUGCUAUUCGACGUACUGUCGUCCAUUCCGCUCACCAUGUUCUAUUUCUUGGCUACCGGCCAGCCCGCUUCCGGAGCCCUUGGCUACGCUUGGAAUGAACAGCCCCUCGGUGUAUUUCACCAUUCGCUUUUUCAAGCUUGUGCUGUUUUCCCCUCUAUCCUGCACCUACCCUUUCCCCAUGAACGCGCGCAGAAUAUUCUCCUGGCGUCGCACCUCUUCGCCGUGGCCUACUUCUUCCUCACCCUCAUGGAGCCCGACCCUGCAAACACCUGGAUCGGCCAAGGCAUCGGCCCCGACUGGCCCGAACAGCCUGUGUUCCUGCAGUACGUGGCGGCGCUGUGGUGGUCCAUCUUCGUCAUCACCAGCAUUGGCCCCGCCUACACUUCCGUCACCACAGCCGAGCAGAUCUUCAGCUGCUUCUACGCGCUCUUCGGCAUGGCAACUGUGGGUUCAUAUGCUUCUGCCAUGGGCAUCAACAUACGAUCUCCUCGCUCCCAGCCUGGUGUUGAACGACCUUCUGUGUUCGGUUACCCCUCUGUGUCUGUUACGUGUGCGAGCAGUCGCGUACACACUGGGCACGUUGACUCUGCUCACGAGGACAUGGCGGCGCUCAAGGCCUACGUGGCGCGCACCAACCUGCCGGCGGACGUGGAGCGGCAGCUGAAGCAGCAGCUGCGCGUGCAGCUGCAGAUGCACAAGUCCGACGCCUCCUCCUUCCUCUCCAGCAUCCCCCACCACCUGCGCGUCACCGUCUCCCGCCAGCUCUACCUCCCCAUCGUUGAGAACCUCGACGGCUUUCGCCUCUGCUCUACGACCUUCCUCAACCAGCUGGUGUCAGAAAUGAACGUCAAAACGGUGAUGCGCAAUGAUAUUGUCACAUCGGAGGGCGAUGUGUCAACGCAUCUCUACAUCGUGCUCUCAGGCAAACUCGUUCGUGAGGACGGACCUGCAGCGGCCCUCCAGAGCGAGUUCUCCUCAUUCCUGACAGCGGGGUCAGUCUUCGGCAAGACGGCAGUGAUGUGCGACGUGCCGCAGCUCUUCACAGUGCGAGCGUUGGAGCACAGCCAGCUGCUGCGCCUCUCCAAGUCCGCUUUCUCUGCCAUCGCCAGAGCCUACCCUGCAGACUCCUCCAUCCUCUACUCUGCCCUCAAGCAGAAAAUCGACGGCUCGGAUGUUCUCACGCGCACGCCCUCGGAGAUCGCAGUGUCACAGGGCCUGACCCGCUCACCGCCCUCAUGGAAGGCCCUUGGCGCCACCUCGGAAGAGCCAGCUCAGGGCGAGGGGGCUGCUGGCCCUGUAAUUCGGGAGUCUGUGGCUGUGCACAAAGGAGACGCCGCGCAGGUUGAAAGGGUGUGCGCCGCUGCUGCCUCUGGCCGUGUGGACCAGUUGAACGAGCUGCUCUCAGCUGCCCCCUCCCUCGCCCACUGCCACGACUACAAUGACCGCACCCCCCUGCAUGUGGCAGCCGCCCACGGCCAUGUCAGCUGCAUCAACGCCAUUCUGCAACGCAACGGAGUCGACGUGAACGCCCUCGAUCGCAGUGGCUCCACCCCUCUGCUCGAGGCAGUGAAGAACGGUCAGAGCAAGGCAGCAGAGGCACUGCAGGCAGCAGGCGCAGCUCUCCUGCUCAAGGACCCGGGGUCCACCCUCUGCUGCCUGGCUGCAUCCGCAGCUGCAGAGGCCAGCAGCAGCCAGAGCGGUAGCAGCAGCAGCAAGAGCGGUGGUGGCAGCAAUGUGCAGUAUUUGGAGCGGCUGCUGACGGCAGGAGCGGAUGUGAAUGCACAGGACCAUGCCGGCUGCACUGCACUGCACGUUGCCUGUGCCAACCGCAGCAUUGCUGUUGCGAAGCUUCUCAUGGCACAUGGUGCCAACCCUCACCUGGAGGAUAUGAGCGGCAACACUGCCUAUGAUCUCGCCAGCACUACAGACUCCCCUGACCUGCUGACCGUGCUCGACAAGUGA